UCGUCGCCAGUGUUUUGUGCAGGGGCUGGGAAAGCCAGAGAGGCUGUGCCAGGCUGGAGGAGACUUGUCUUUCCAAGGCUGGAGAGGAUUUCACGCGGGUUUGCCUGCAGCUGCCCGGGAAGAAAUUCCCCUCUGGUGGCAGCAGCCGCAGCAGCAGCGGCGGCGGCGGCGGCGGCAGCGGCGGCGGCAGUAGCAGCGACGGCGGCAGCCCUACCUCCUGUUCUGGGGAACAGGGCAGAAUGCCUGUGCUAGAGCGGUACUUCCACUCCGCAGAACUAGGCAGGAGGUGGACGGCCCCAGAAGGUGUGCUGCCCUCCGCCCUAGGCAGCAGGCCGGGGUGCCAGCAGGGGCCGCUACCCUGGGACUUGCCAGAGAUGAUCAGGAUGGUAAAGCUGGUUUGGAAGUCCAAAAGUGAGCUGCAGGCAACCAAGCCGAGAGGCAUUCUGGAAAAUGAAGACGCUUUGCACAGCUUCCCAGGAGAUGUCCGACUAAGGGGUCAGACCGGGGUUCCUGCCGAACGCCGCGGCUCCUACCCAUUCAUUGACUUCCGUCUACUUAACAAUACAACACACUCAGGGGAAAUUGGCACCAAGAAAAAGGUGAAAAGACUGUUAAGUUUCCAAAGAUACUUCCAUGCAUCUAGGCUUCUCCGUGGGAUUAUACCGCAGGCCCCCCUCCACCUGCUGGAUGAAGACUAUCUUGGACAAGCAAGGCAUAUGCUCUCCAAAGUCGGAAUGUGGGACUUUGACAUUUUCUUGUUUGAUCGCUUGACAAAUGGGAACAGUCUGGUAACACUGCUGUGCCACCUCUUCAACACCCAUGGACUCAUCCACCAUUUCAAGCUGGAUAUGGUCACCUUACACAGGUUUUUGGUCAUGGUUCAGGAAGAUUACCACGGCCACAACCCAUACCAUAAUGCUGUUCAUGCAGCCGAUGUCACCCAGGCCAUGCACUGUUACCUGAAGGAGCCAAAGUUGGCCAGCUUCCUCACACCUCUGGAUAUCAUGCUUGGACUACUGGCUGCAGCAGCUCACGACGUUGACCACCCAGGGGUGAACCAGCCAUUUUUGAUCAAAACCAACCACCAUCUUGCCAACCUGUAUCAGAAUAUGUCUGUACUGGAGAAUCACCACUGGCGAUCUACAAUUGGCAUGCUUCGGGAAUCAAGGCUUCUUGCUCACUUGCCAAAGGAAAUGACGCAGGAUAUUGAACAGCAGCUGGGAUCCCUGAUCUUAGCCACAGACAUCAACAGACAGAAUGAGUUUCUCACUCGCCUAAAAGCUCACCUCCAUAAUAAAGACUUGAGACUGGAGAAUGUACAGGACAGACACUUUAUGCUUCAGAUCGCUCUGAAAUGUGCUGACAUUUGCAAUCCUUGUCGGAUCUGGGAGAUGAGCAAGCAGUGGAGUGAAAGGGUCUGUGAAGAAUUCUACAGGCAAGGUGACCUUGAACAGAAAUUUGAACUGGAAAUCAGUCCUCUUUGUAAUCAACAGAAAGAUUCAAUCCCUAGCAUACAAAUUGGUUUCAUGACUUACAUCGUGGAGCCGCUCUUCCGGGAAUGGGCCCGGUUCACCGGGAACAGCACCCUGUCGGAGAACAUGCUAAGCCACCUCGCGCACAACAAAGCCCAGUGGAAGAGCCUGCUGUCCAAGCAGCACAGACGCAGGGGCAGCGGCCAGGACUCCGCGGCCCCCACGUCUGAGACCCUGGAGCAGACGGAAGGCGCCACGCCCUAAGACAGCCCGGUCUGCAGGAGCAAGGCCAUCCGACGGCCCUCACCACAAACCCACCACCCUGGGCUUCGAGUGCCACCCGCCUGCCAUUGCCGCCUCCCUUCGUUGAUCCAAGUGUACAGAAGCCAUCGUCAACUCAGCAUUAGCUGCCGAAAGGAGCGGCUUCAUCCUGUCCCCGGAGCUCGGGACAACUGCCCCAACGGAAAAGACCAGGAGUAAGAAAGAGGUGCUUCUGCCGGGUCCCCCUCUGGCCGGCCCUUGGUCACACUGACUGGCAGUGGCUCCUAAGUCCAGAGCAUUUUAGGGUUCAUCGUCUGACUGCUGACCUGCAUGACAACACCAGCAUACUUGGAACUGCAAGAUUGGUCUUAAGUGCCAGAGCACAAACACGAGAGAGAGAGAAAGUACCUUCUAUUUUAAUAAUAAUUAUUAUUAUAAAAUAAUAAUGAAUCUUUUUAACUUUUAUAUUUCAUGCACCAGACAAUGGGUCUAAAACUUUGGACUAAGAUUACUCAGUGUACCCAAACCUGAAAAGGGGGUUCAUUGUUUUGCUAUUGACUCUAUGCCACUUUUAGUCAGAGAAUUGGCAUCUUGGUGAUUUAUGAAACCAUGUCUCCCCCCUCCCAUCUGGUGGAAGGUGCUGUACAGUUCAUUCCUUUGCACCGCUAGCCACUCUGUCUUUUACGGAUUCAGUGACCUGUUUAUAUUCACAUGUACAUUUUCUGUAAAUACCAAACGCUACUGAUUCCCAUGCCAAAAUACACGAGUAUUAUGGGAUUGCUACCUGUAUAAACAAUGGCACUGUGAACAGAAUACUAUUAGUUUUAAUACAAGAGAAUGCAUUUGUAAAUAUGGUAUAGAGUUUAUUAAUAUACUGUUGUUCGCAGACAAAGGCCUUAACUUUAAACAUCUUCCCUCUUCCCAAAGUUGCCCAGCCUAAAUCUUUACAGAUAUCUUUCUGAACUGCCUGUCCCCAAUGGCCAUCUUUCUGCUUUCCUGCUAAGGUCACAAGUCAAAACUGAUUGUCGUCUUGGAGAGAACUUUUUUUGGGGGGGUGGGGACUUCUCAUGCAUUCCUCUUGAGACCAUAGUUUUUAGUCUAUGGCACCAAGUAUGGUUUCCUCAGAAUAAUGACACCCUCUCAGCAAGAUGGAAGUCAUUUUCCAGUGCAGUAAUAUUGCACACUGUUUUAACAAGCCGGCCGAUAAGCUUGUGUUUAUGUGACUUCUGUUAUGGAACACGGGGUGCAUCAACCUCCCAGGAGACAGAGCAGGUCUCAAAAGCCUUGUAUGACCCUGCCAUCUAACCAUCAGGAACUCCCUGCUCCCACGCCACACAGUUGUCUGCUAUGGCUACAAUACCAAAGUCCCUUUGGUCCAUGGUUGAUUGGUGUGCAUUUCUUUGGUGUUGAUAGUAACUGGAGAUUUCUUUUUUUUUUCCUAUAGCUUCAUGUGAACAACCACCCAACUACUUAGCUGAAUUUAACAUUAUUUAAGUAAAGAAGCUGCUUCAGUUUUAUAAGAGACUUUGUGGUUGAUUAGGCUGUAACCAGCAGAGUCAGCUUGGGAUCUUGUUGCUGUUCUUCUGUAGACACUUGGCUGUAAAAUCUAGUGUGUUCCGGCAUUCUUACACAGACAGACUCUGUGUUGAACCUUUUCUUUGUAAGUUGUAGCAUAACUAAUUUAGAUGGGAACUGCCAGUGCCCCUUCCUCUCUACCUAACGUGUAGUGGGAGACGGAGUAUUUCUGCCAUGAUCAAGCCGCCUUCUCAAGCUGAUGGAGACAGCUAGCUCUCUAAUUGCAACUGAUGUGGGUCUUCCGGUUUCUCCUAAUAAUACAAGUGAAAUGUUAAAAGCUUGACUGGCCUGGAUUGUGUCCUUACAGAGAGAUUGGGGCUUGCAGACUUAAGGUUUUGGAGGGAAUUGGAAAGUUGAUUAUAUUUUCAUUGAAGUAGGCAAGAUUGUCAGAGUGGCAGCGCUAAAGGUGUGACGAGCUUAUGAAAUGGGUGGAUGAUAUGUUGAAAUUCCUGAUGGGGGUAAGAAGGUAGGCUGUGCAAACUUAACACUAACUGUUGUUUUCUGCAGCAGCUAUGAACUGACUCAUGUUUCUUAGCUGCUAUGCUAUUCUGAUGCUCUGAGUGACGUGUUUCUUAGUUGCUAUGGUUUCUGAAACUCGGAGCUUAAGCACGGCCUCAAGCAAGAAGGAUGGAUACAGCAGAUAGAUUCCUGCUUCAAACCCUCCCUUUUGGGGGCUGUAGUAGCCUGGCUUUAUGCAUAUGAGAUCAAAUCAAGGAAAUCAAUUGCUCAGGAUGACAAAACGGAAAUAGUAAAGAAAACAUUGUUUUUAGUCCACGAAAUCUCUACCUUGAGUUGAGGAACUAGAGUUUGCUUAAGUUAUAAUUAUAUUGUGAUUUAAUUAGGAUGGGGCAUUCUUAGUAGUUCCAGGUUUAGAGGGGAAAUGUUUUCAUGUUGCAAGUUAGUCUUAAAGUGGGGUUAACAAACAAACUACCAAAUAUCCAAUGGUUAAGACAGAAGCAUAAUGAAAAUCAGAAGUGGGACAUGACUCAUUAAUGACACAUAAAUGACACUUAGAUGCACCUUCCUUUCUCUACUGUCUAGAAUGACAUAAAUGACACAUAGAUGCACCUUCCUUUUUCUACUGUCUAGAACUUCUUGAGCUCCACAUUUGUUGGCAAAAACUAAAAUAAAUAAUAACUGUGAAAACUCUUCUUUUUGCCUGCUAAUGGCUCUCUUGGAAUAAUUUAAUACAAGUUGUCCAAUUAGUAGUGGAGACAUGACUCUUGAUCCAUGUACCACUAUAACUUUCCAGUCUUAAUCUGCUAGCCCACCUAGCUCAUGUUUAAUGAAGAACUCAAAGAACUAUGUUUUAGCCAGCCAAAGUCAAGAUCUCAGAGAGAGAGAGAGAGAGAGAGAGAGAGAGAGAGAGAGAGAGAGAGAGAGAGAGAGAGAGAGAACAUGAAUACAUACAUUACUGCAUUACUGUCAGGCAUGAUAAUCAGAACCUACCCUUUUUUGCAGUCAUUGAAUAAACAGUCAGACUUGAUACGUGAAACCCUGCCAACCCAUAGUUCUCUGUUAGGUUAAAUAAAAACUAGCUAUUUCUCCCUCUCCCCCUUACUGCUUACAGCUUCCCACAAAGGGCCUUGGAGCAAUCUGCAAACCUGUCUUCUGACAGUCCUUCCUCUAAAACACAAUUUUGUGACCUUUUGUGUUGAGUCAGACAUGCUCACUGACUUCCAUUGGGUUAUGAGCUUGUAUCUCACUGUAUCCUCAUGCUUUGUUCUUUUAAGAGCCCAUACAACUGUGUCAUCUUGUGUACACAUGUAAAGUUUGAAAAAAAACUUGUGAGUUUUGCUCAAAAUGUGACCUAAAUAUUCAUUGGCAUGUCAAUCCAGAUGAACACUCAAAAAUAAAGAUAAUUUCUUUAAAAGA